UGUCACUCGGGGCUGGGGCGGUGCCUGGAGGCGUCCGUCAGGGCGCUGGGGCGGAGCUGUCCAAUCAGGCGCGCAGACGGAGGGGCGGGGCGGGCUUCCGCGGUCUCGCGCGGUUUCCUUGCUGAGCGCUCAGCUCCUUCCUCCAGGUCGGGCGUCUCCGCUGACUGCGCACCCUGUGCGCCCCGCAAGCCCCGGAGGUCCCUCGGGAGGACGGCGGGUCAUCCCGGAGGAAGCAAGCUCAGAAUCCAUCUCCAGGACUAUGUCUCCUCUGCUGUGUGAGGCCCCAGUGGCUCUGGCUGAGACUGUCUCCCUGUGAGCUGCAGGUGCUGUGUGAUCCCCAGGAAGGAUGUCUGGACUCCCCAGAAGGCAGGAAAUGAUGCAGUCACACUGUGAGUCCACGUUGUACCUUGUGAAGUUUGGGGUUUACGUAGACCUUCAGAACUCAGUGGCCUUCGAGGAUGUGGCUGUGAACUUCACUGAGGAAGAGUGGACUUUGCUGGAUCCUUCCCAGAAGAAUCUCUACAGAGAUGUGAUGCAGGAAGUCCUUAGAAAUCUGGCUUCUCUAGGAGACAGAUGGGAGUUCCAGAACAUUGAAGAUCAGAACACAAAUCCCAGGAGAGCUGUAAGGUCCUUUAUAUCUCACUCUGCAAACAAGGCAUAUAAGAAUCAUGAGACUGGAGGGAAGACAUAUGAACUUAAACAGAACAGAAAAUCCUUCCUUCCUCUCACAAGUGAUCAAAGACAAGCAUCAGAGCACCCUGCAAAUGGGCCUUAUGGAUAUUUGACAUGGGGAAGAGAGUUGAGUUCCAGGUGUUUUCAAGAAUAUGGAGGAUCUCAUACGGGCAAAAAUCUAUGUGGAUGUAAGGAAUGUGGAAAAGCCUUCUCAGAUUCAAGUUACUUUCAAAUAGAUGUACAAACUCAUACUGGAGAGACAGCUAACAAAUGGAAACGAAGUAGGGAAGCCUUCAUUAGUUCAGCUAGCCUUCAAUUACAUGAAGAAACCCAUACAGGGAAGAAACUCUAUGAAUGUAAACAAUGUGGAAAAGCCUUCACUACUUCCUCUUACCUUCAAAUUCAUAAGCGAUUUCAUGCUGGAGAGAAGCCCUAUGAAUGUAAACACUGUGGAAAAGCCUUCACUACUUUGUCUGACCUUCAAAAACAUAAUCGAACUCAUACCGGAGAGAAGCCCUACGUAUGUAAGCAGUGUGGAAAAUCCUUUACUUUAUCCAGUCACCUUCACUCACAUGAAAGAACUCAUACAGGAAAGAAGCCCUAUGAAUGUAAGCAGUGUGGGAAAGCCUUCACUACUUCCUCUUCCCUUAAACUACAUAAUCGAACUCAUACUGGAGUAAAGCCUUAUGAAUGUAGGGAGUGUAGGAAAGCCUUUGCUUCAUCCAGUCAUCUUCAUGCACAUGAAAGAAUUCAUACAGGAAAGAAGCCCUAUGAAUGUAAACAGUGUGGAAAAGCCUUCACUACUUCCUCUUCCCUUAAACUACAUAAACAAACUCAUACUGGAGAGAAGCCCUAUAAAUGUAAACAAUGUAGAAAAACCUACACUUUUUCAUACACACUUAAAAUACAUAAUCGAAAUCACACAGGAGAGAAGCCCUAUGAAUGUAAGCAGUGUGGAAAAUCCUUUGUUUCAUCCAAAAACCUUCACUCACAUGAAAGAACUCAUACAGGAAAGAAGCCCUAUGAAUGUAAACAAUGUGGGAAAGCCUUCACUACUUCCUCUUCCCUUAAACUACAUAAACAAACUCAUACUGGAGAGAAGCCCUAUAAAUGUAAACAAUGUGGAAAAACCUACACUUUUUCAUACACACUUAAAAUACAUAAUCGAAAUCACACAGGAGAGAAGCCCUAUGAAUGUAAGCAGUGUGGAAAAUCCUUUGUUUCAUCCAAAAACCUUCACUCACAUGAAAGAACUCAUACAGGAAAGAAGCCCUAUGAAUGUAAACAGUGUGGGAAAACCUACAUUUAUUCAUACACACUUCAAAUACAUGAACGAACUCAUACUGGAGAGAAGCCCUAUGAAUGUAAGGACUGUGGGAAAUCCUUUACUUCAUCCAGUCACCUUCAUUCACAUAAAAGAACUCAUACAGGAAAGAAGCCCUAUGAAUGUAAGCAAUGUGGGAAAGCCUUCAGUAGGUCCUCUUCCCUUCAAAUACAUAAACGAACUCAUACUGGAGAGAAGCCCUAUGAAUGUAAGGACUGUGGGAAAUUCUUUACUUCGUCAAGUAACCUUCACUCACAUAAAAGAACUCAUAAAGUGAAAGAAGCCCUAUGAAUGUAAACAAUGUGGAAAAGUCUUCUGUAGUUCCUCUUCUCUUCAAAUACAUGAACGAUCACAUACUGGAGAGAAACCGUAUAAAUGUAAGCAAUGUGAAAAAGCCUUUACUACUUCCUUUCACCUUCAAGUACAUAAAUGAACUCAUACUGGAGAGAAGCCCUAUGAAUGUCAGGACUGUGGGAAAUCCUGAGUCUGAGAUGAGACUGUAGUUGAAUUUUGGGCAGUGUUGGAAUUGGACAAAAUGUACUUUGCAUUGGAGAUGGUUGUGGGCUUUUGUGGGCCAGGGUCGAAAUGUUACAGUUUGCAUAUGAGGUGUCCCCCAUAUCUUCAUGUGUGAGUCAAUGCAAGAAGGUUCUGAGGAGAAAUGAUUUUGCUGUGAUAGUCUUAACCCAACCAGUGAAUUAAUUCCCUGAUAGGGAUUAACUGAGUGGUAACUUGCCCAGUCCAACACCACCAAACCUGUGGUUCUGGUGAGGGACAAUGGGGAAUUAGAAAAAUAAAGACUCACAAAUGUAGAUUUUAAAGCAGGUGGAGUGCUGCUUUUUGAUGGAAAGAAGCUCUAAAGAGUUACACCAGCAAUCUUUAUUUAUAUGUGUCUCACGAUCAGGUUAAAGACUGUGCAAGCCUUAUUGUUUGUAUUCAGGAAAAUUACAGAAACUAGGACAUCUCUGUAGCUUUUCCACAGUUGAAAUCCACAGUUGCAAAGUGCGAUGUUGAAAGCUUUGUGUAGCUCUCAAGAAAGUCCAUUACUUAAAGUUACUGUUAAGUGGGCAGGAGCAGCAGUGCAGGUGGUAGAACACUGUGGUUUUCCAGCAUAAGAAUUCCUCUAUUCCCAGGGACUGUUUGUGUGCGAUCAAGGUCAGAGGUGGUAGGACUUUUGCACAGAGCCUCCUCAUGCAGGGCAUUGUCAAAGCAGCUAAGCAUCCUGUGCUGUUGCAGGGGAACAUUCCCAGGCAUGCCACAGCCAUGAGGUCAUCAGACACCCCUAGUCUUAACCACUGCUCUCCCAUCCUCUGUCAUCCUAUCCUCUGUCACCACUCUCCACAUUAACUGAAUUUGUAGGGUGUUGCUGGAGCAGGUGGGAAUUGGGGAUGUGACUUUGGGUAUAUAUUUGUGUUUAGCCAGUGGAGACCUCUCUGCUUCCUGAUCCUGGUGUGAGCUGCUUCUCUCUGGCAAUACUGUUCUGCCAUAUGUUCUACCUCACCUCAAGCCCUGAGAAAUAGAGCCUGCUGUUGCCGCCUGCAGCAACAAGACUUCCGGAAAAAAUCAGAGGUGAACUGGGAAUGAACAACUUCUUUAUUUUUUUUCAGAAGUGCUUCUUCUCUGAGGUGCUUCUUUUCAGAGGUGCUUCUUCUCAGAGGUGCUUCUUUGCUUUAGCUUUAGAGGAAGAGAAUGUCUUAUAUACCCUCAGGCAGCCAAUCAGCUUGUGAUUAAGUAGCAUGAUAGGAGCACAUACCACGGUACCAAGUAAGAAAGAAUGAGGAACACAUGUUGACCACAAGCGCAGGAGAGACAUCAACCAACCAGGCAAAAGGUCAUGAGAGAUCACGCCAUGUUAACACUAAUUAUGUGCCACCUCUUGGCCCAAUGCCAGCCGCCAUCUUAGAGCUACUUCCUCAAACGGCUGUAAACAUGUCUCUACAUUUCCCCUUUUUUGUUUUAAAAGGUGAAGAAAACUUUAAUGGAUGCAUGAUAGCUAUCACUACAUCUGGAUUGACUGUGCCUGUCUUAGGCGUCCACAUGUCUUACAUUCUUACCCAUCAUCAGAUAACCAGAAAGCUUGAUAUUAUCGUCUUGGCUCCUGUCUUAGGUUGAUAUAUCGGCCACAGGAGACUUUCCCGUCUCUGACUACCAGCCAUCCAUUUGAGACAACCAAGCCUGAGAAGAAGUUCCAGCUUCUAAGACAUAAAUCAAUUCAUAUUGGAAGAAGCCUUACAAAUGUAAACAAUAUGGGAAAGGCUUUGCUUCAUGUAAUGUCCUUUCACUCACAUGAGCAAAUUCAUACAGGAGAGAAGGUCUAUGAAUGUAAACAGUUUGGGAAAGCCUUUGCUUCAUCCAGUAAUCCUCACACCCAUGAAAAAAUCAUACUGGAAAGAAGCCCCAGUUUUCCUUCAAACACGUGAACAAUCUCAGUGGAGAAAGGUCCUAUGAGGGUACAACCUUCACUAGUUUGGCUUAUCUUCAAAUACAGGAAAUAACUCAUACUGGGGAAAACCCUUAUUGCUGUAAACAAUGUGGGAAAGCCUUCACUUAUUCCUGUGGGCUUUGUGUACAUAAAGAGUUACUGCGUGGAGAACAGACCUCUGACUGUAAACAUUGUUGUAAAUCCUUCAUUAGUUGUGAUUAUCUUCAUGUACAUGAAUGAACUGGUGUUGGCAAGGCCUUAUGAAUGUAAACAAUGUGAUACAACCUUUGCUUAUUCCAAUUCAAUUUGAAAACACCAGAGAACUCAUAUUUGAGACAGGUGGUGUCAAUGUAAACAAUCUGGAAAACACUUCAAAACGUCCACUCACCUUCAAGUGAAUAAAUGUACUCAUAUGACAGAGACACUCUGUAAAUUUAAGCAAUAUGGGAAAGAUUUCAUUUAUUCUUAUCAGCUUCAAAUUAUAAACAAAUUCAUUCUGGAUAGAAGCCUUAUGAAUAUCAUCAAUGUUCAAAAGCCUUCAGUUGAUCUUCCUACCUUCAAACACAAGAGCAAACAGUGUUGAGAAACCCCCUGAGAAUAAACAAAGUAGUAAAGCCUUCACAUUUUGCAGUUACUUUCAAAAAUAUGAAAUAACUCAAAUUAGAACAAAGCUAUAUUAAUGUAAACAAUCAGAAACCCUAACCUUCCUUUGUUGCAUUUCUCCUAAUAAGCAUUACAGAAAUGUUAAUGUAGAAAUGCCCUUUGAAUGAAAAAAUUGUGGCAAAUGUUUCAGUAUUCCUGGUCAUCUUCAAAGAUAUGAAAGGAUUCAAACUACACAAAUUCUGAACAUUAAAAAAAAAAUUGUUAAAUCAUUCAGUUUUCCCAGUUGCUUUCAAAACCAUUUUACUCACAGUGUGAAAGAAACCCUCUAAAUGUCUGAUAUUUACUUCCUAUAUAUAAAAUAUAAUGGAACAAAGAAAUGUGUGAAUGCAUUCUUCUUUUCCAGUUUCUUUGGGGAAAAAAAAAAUAUUGCACCCAGUGAGAAACUCUGGACAAAAAAAUCUGAUAAUCUUCACAUGUUUCAGUUUGGUUUAUGUGUCAGAUUUCCAUUACACUGGCAUAAAAGGAGAAAAAACAACCUAAAGGAUGGAAGAUUUAUUUUGUUUCAUGGUUUUAUGACAUUCAGUCCAUCAUUGACUGACGGUCUUUCCUUCAGGCCUGAGGUGAAGCAGAACAUAAUGUGCAAUGGUGUAGAAAACUGGUACUUAACUCAUGGCAGCUGAGAACAGAAAGCAAGAAUGAAUUAAGUACAUCAGGUUUUAUUGUGCAGUCUUUAGUUUGGCCUUCCUAUUUUCUUUGCUUCUGCUUCCCUUGAUACAGUAAUGUAUACUGUUGAUGGAAUUUAUAACCUUGUUUCCUGAUGAUCCAGGUACUGAUUAGUAAAAAAAGAGGAAACAAUGGUGCUAGCUUCCAAUAAAGCAUGGGAGAGGCUCCCUCAAGUGUUCUCCAAGAGUAAAAUCCCAAGUCAGUGUGUGGGCUUUCCUUAGCACUGCUGUUUAUCAGCAUUCCAAAGUUCUUAUGACAAUAAGGUUUGAUGGGCUAAGACAAUUCCACUGCAUUUUGUACUAACCCUCACAAGAAUAAAUCACAUUUCCUGAAGAUUGCGGUGGUGACUUCCAUUGUGGAUUUUUGGGCAGCUAACUCUUUCACUUAACCACACAGCACAUGAGCACUACUGGAGAUGAGAUGAAGAUACUACCUGUGCAAUCUGCAAAUUUGCAUGAGUAACUACCCAAAAAUUUUAAUAAACCUUUAUAUACAGAGAAGAGAGGAGUGUUAUGUGUAAUGUGCAAUCCUAGAAACCUAAUGACAAAUGACCUGCCUGAUCAAGACCUGUUACUACUACUGGCUAUGCCUCUAUUUCAACAAAUAUGCUGAUCCCCUGGUAUCAAGGUACAGGAUGGUUCUUCAGUUGGUCGUGAACCAGCCUAGUGCUUCCCACCCCUGUUCGUUGCUUGUAAAUCUUAAGAAAAAUGUGGAAUGUGGACAUAGAAGACUGAAGAGUAAUCCCAUAACAUUACUUGACACACAUGGUCUCUUUGAGAAGGAAAAGUGAUGGAAGGGAAAACAUAAGAGGUGGCAGAAUGGGGAGCAGAGAUGGGAAGAGAGAACACUGACCACACCCCUCCCUGGCUCAGGGGCCAGUAGAAUGUUUUGGAAUAAAGCUUUUGUUUUUUGAGGCAACAACAGAGUAAGUGUCCUUAUUUUCAAUGAAUCCCUGAGAAAUAGGUGAGAAUAAUAUUGGGAUAAAGUAUUGGAGGAAAAUUAUGACAUUCUUAAAUCUGAGGGGUGGGUGGAAGGAAGGACUGAAUAUUAUUAAUAUAUUUGCCCUGGUAUUUCAGUUUCCUGUUGUGGUCACUGAGCUCAGGGGAAUGGGAAACAAUGUCUCAGAAGAAAACAUCUAUGUCCAAAUUGUGAAUGCAGACAUCUUGUACCACAGGAUCUGCUUUAUAUAGUACCUUCAUCCCUAUAUAUUCAGAGGCAAACUAUUAUGUAAUUGGUAAUUACUUUAGGGGAUGCGCAAUUAGGAAUUUAUGUUGAUUGACUAUGCUAUAUGAUCAGAUGAUUCAUUGAAUCCACAUUAUAGUAAUUAAUGUGAAAAAGAAUUUUGAAAGAACUAAAUACUGAAAAAAUAAUAAUAAAUUAGCUUAUCAAAUUCUCCAAAUAAGUCUCAGAAAUGUGAGAAUAUAAUGUUCUUAAGCAGGAACAUGUUCAGAGACAGGGAACAAAUCAAUCGAUCAGAAAAGAAUUCAAAGAGACAAACACACAUGGAUUGUCAUUUGGUUUUUGACAAGUGUGCCAAAAACAUGAUGGAGAAAGGACAGCAUUUAUUAAAAAAAAAAUGGUGCUGGGAAAACUGAUUAUCCAUUUGUAGGAGAAUGAGAAGAGUUUCCUAUGUCUUACCUUGUACAAAAGUCAAUUCAAUAUGGAUUAAAUGCCUAUGAAUUAGACAAUAAAUGAUGCAAUUCCUAGGAGAAAAGGGUGAACACUCCAAGAUAGCUGCAAGGAACAGUUUCCUCAGUAGAACCUCUGAGACUCAAGAAAUUUUAGGAAGAAUUCAUAAAUGGAAUAACAUCGAAUUCAGAAUCUUCUGCAAGGCAAAGCAAACAAAAUGUGGAGAAGACAGGAUGGGAGAAAAUCUUGGAGAAAUCACUCUUAUAAAAGAGAAAUAAUAUCUAGUAUUCACAAAGAACUCAAAAAACUUGCAACCAACAAUACCAGCCCAAUUAUUAAAAGAGCAAAUGCACUAAACAGACAAAUAUGGAAAGAAGGAAUACAAUUGAACAAUCUAUAUGACAAAAAAUAGUUAAAUAGGGAAGUUAAAAUAAAAAUUACAGGGACAUUUCAUUUCACCCUGUUUAGAAUGAUACUCACCUAAAUACAAACAAUAAUAAUUACUGGAGAUGUGGAAGAAAAUUGAUUCUUUUACACUGUUGGUGGAAUGUUAAAUUAGUGCAACCACUUUGGAAGUCAGUAGGAGGAUCCUUAAAACACUAGGAAUGGGAAAUCAUAUAACCCAGGUAUAAACUCUUUAUAUCUUAUCCUAAAAUAUUGAAAUUAGGAUGUCUGUGAUACAUGCGUGCCCAGGUUUAUAGCAGCACAAUUUAAAAUAGUCAAGUUACAAAACUGGUCUCAAAGUGACUACAGAAAAUGUGGGGUAAAUGCAC